AUGUCUUCAAAGGUCGUCACCAUUGGCCAGCUAAUUCAGAAAUGUCUCAAGCAGGCUUAUUUUUUGCCACAGAAACCAUCUUCCUAUUCCAAGGGAUAUAGAUUUCUAAAUGAUAAGAAAUACCGCAUGUUCGAUUGCCCACCUAGCUCGCUCAAUUUCGAUCGUCUUCUGUAUCCAUUUCGUCAUCUUCCUGCCGCGGGGAAUGAGAUUCCCAUAAUAAUGGAGUGCAAACCGUCGGAAUAUUUACAACAACACUGGAGACGAUGGCUUCCCGCUUUUCCUCCACCUGUAAUUAAAUCGCUGGACGAAGGACUUCAAGAUGAUAUCCCAGUCAUCACGACAGGCGCGUUACAAGGCAUCCCCGAAGAAAAGCACAGCGUACAUCCCGACAUUUUGUACAAACUUCAGCUUAAAAGUUCGAUUCAGAAAGUUGGAGUUCUUUGUCCUAAGCACAUGGACAUUAAUUCAGUUUCUUUUCCCUGCGCUGUGAAGGCGGACUUAAGUUCGGGUGGUCGAGGAAACUGGCUUGUUAAGAACGAGAGUGAAUUAUCAGCAACCUUGAGACAGAUUCGGGGGGUUUGUCAGUGGAACGAUGGAGUUGUAUUUGAGGAAUUUAUCCCUAGCGUCAAAGAAGUUCCUAGCUUUCAGUUUUACCUGCACAAAUCUGGGGAGAUAUUUUGGGUGGGAACUACGUCCGGCGGUUUUAUCAAUCGGUUUGCCUGGAUUAAAGGAUCGGUUGACUGGGACAGGCAAGAUGAAUACAGAGACCUUGUCCAUGAAGAAUUCACCUUGCCAAUUAGGAAUUAUCUUUUAGACCACGGUUAUUUUGGUCUUGUCACUUUUGAGGUUUUAUUCACAGACCACGGCAACUACCUUGUCGAUGUGAACCCA